CGGCUGCGAAGGGCCCGUCCGGGGCCGGAGGAGGUGCGGAGCCAGGGGAAGAGCCUGAGGGCUGCGGGUCGGAGAGGAGAUGCCGGUCGGCGUUGUGUGCGGACAGGAGGCGCCUGUCCGAGGGGAGGGGGCGUCCGACAUGAGCCCGAGGUGUUGCCGACUUAGACCUGUGCAUCGUGGGGCUCGUCGCUCCACGUCGGGGAGGGGACACCGAAGAAGCCCUGUGAGGAGCCGGAGUAGCGGGGGCGGCUGGGGAGGGGGCGCAGCUUUUAAAGAAGGCGGCAGAAGACAGGCAUUUGUGUUCACAGGCGAAGGGAGGGGGUGUCGGUUAGGCUUCCCGAGAGAACUGGGGUCCCGGGAGCGGGGGUCCCGGGAGCGGGGGUCGUCGAGGACUCUCCUGACGCUCGUAAGUCUCUUGACAGGAUUCAAAAUAAGGGAGGGCGAGCAGAGUACUAGAGCCCUAAGGAGGGGUAGAGAAUCAGGGGACCUUGGAUAUGGGGGUGGAGGGAAGGUGGGUGGAAAGCUGAGGGAGUGGGGUGACUGCAGUAGAGGACCUGGGAAGAGAAGCAGCGGUGGCUCUAAGCGACAUGGGAGGGAGAGGGCUGGAUUUGCUAAGAAGGGCGGAGUGCUGGACAUUCUAGGGUAGUGGUUGGAAGGGGUUCCUAAAUAAGGAGAGGAAAGAGGUUGGGGAGAAAGGGUUGAAACUAAAGUAGGGGGAAUAUUUAUUAGAGACCUGAAGGUGCCGGGGUAUAGAGAUGGGGGUGGGGGGAGAGACAAAAAAUAAGGGAAGGGAGUAAAAUCCAGGAAGCCGGGGGUGUAGUGUUGGUUUGCAGUGGGGAGGAUAUGUGAGCGAAGGGAGGAGCUGGCUUGUGGCAAGUGCUGUAUGAUACUGGUUGGGCCUCCGGGACGGCAGGGACACUUCGCUGAAACUGCAGUGGUGGGAUUGAGGGCAGUUGGCUGGUCAGAGGGAGGUGGAGGAAGUGGGUUUUUGAGAUCUGAAAAGUUUCAAGACAGACAUUAUUUCCGAGGAGCAUGAAAGUAGUCCCUGUAAUGUGUGCAGUGGAAAAGAGAGAAUUGAAUUUUGAAAUGUAGCUCUUUGGAGAAGAUGGAGAAAUGGUGGGGAAUCGUGGUGAUGGGGGACCUAGGCAAUAGAUUCUGAUUGAAGGCGUGAGUUACAAUUCAGCGGCUUCUUUGAUCUUUCACAGGUGAGACUAGACAGCCAUUAAGCGGUUUAAAAAAUAUUUUUAUAGGAAAGAAUGUAUGAGAAGUCAGUACUGGAGAAUGAACCAUAAUUAUUUUUGCUAAUCUUUCAGUGUUUUUUCAUUGUUGUGUUAGAACAAUUUAAAAUUACUGUUAGAAUAGCUGGAAUUUAAAUGAUUUUCAUUUUAUUUUAUUUUUUUUUAAAUCGAUGAUAGAGCCAGUGGAGUCGAACGUUCUAAGGAGAAACUGGGCUUAAAAUGCUGAAGAGUACCAUGAAAAUAUAUCAGUGAAAUCAUUGGUUAAAUAUAAAAGUGUUCAUUUUACCAAAUAGAACUAAUCAAAUAUCUUGUGUGCUUCAUUGCUUUGGUUUACUCACUGCAGGGGUCAGAAAAGAACUAUUUUUCUGUCUGUGGCUUGAAUAUGCUAAGUAUAUGAGGUAUUUUUCCUGCUUUCCUUCAAAGCACAAGGCUGCUGUGGAGGCAGGGCAGAGUUAGUCUGAUAAAAAAAAAAAAAAGAUACGUCUUAUAUUUUUCAUCUGUGCUAACAGGAUGUCUUAAAGAAGCCUAAUACUAAUUCAGCUAUUUGAUUUGUGAAAUACAUGGUUUUGUUUUGCACAAUAGGUGGGAAAUUCUUGAUUUCAACAUGUUUGAUCUCUGCCGGCAUAGCUUCUUUCAGUGAUUUAUAGUACGGUGAAAUUAUAGUUUCUUAGCAACUAAAGCAAGGUUUUUGGAUAGGCCUAAACUCCUCUGGCUGUUUUCAGUGAUGUGUGUUCUAAAUACAACAUAGUACAUACAGCCUUUUCCUUGAAAUGAGCUUAAAUUCAGACACGUGACAUGACCGGUGAAGUGAAGCUGAGCCAGUAAUUGACCGAAAUGAAUGUAAAUUUAAUUCAGGGAAGAAAUGGCUACUUUUUGAGUUUGGGUUCAUACGUUCAUAUAGAUAAGGAUGCCAUUUUAGAGCUUUCUAUAACUUUUUUUUUUGACAAGAUUCAAGUUUUCAACUGCUAAUAGUCUGACCUCAUGUCAUGGAGUUUGUAUUUUCUUACUGUCCUUCGAAAAUGGAUACCAUGUGAAAUGUUAGGAGUUUUAGGUUAUCUAUGUAAAAUGAUGAUUUGAAAAAGAACUUAGGUGUUUCUGGAUUGGAUAUUUGGUAGUUUAGAUUGAGUAUAGAUUUUUAUUUUUCCCAAAAAGCCUCUGUUUCGUUAUUCCUAAAAUGAAGAAUUCGGACUAGAUGACCUUCACGGUGUCCCUGAGUACAUUUUAGAGGUAUAUUUGCUAUUGAUUGUACAUCUCCUCUUUGGGUGAAUGGAAAUAAGCAAUAGAAGACAAAAUCCUGAGUCUCUGACCAUUACCACAGAGAUUCAGUGCUUUCGUUCGUAUAGAUUUUGUUUUCCAUUCAGACGGUUUAGACUUGUAGGACCACAGUUUCAAGUAAAAUCCUUAUUUAAGUUGUUGAUUUUUGUAUGUAUCAACAAAAGUGUACUUCAUUUUAAAGGAUGAAAAUUGCCUGAAAAAUAACCCUCUUAAGACAGGUUUUAGCUUUAGGCUAAAAUUGAAGGAGUGUAAACCAAGCAGUAUAAUAUGGUGAUCAAGAGCACAGGCUUUGGGUCUCUGUGUUUGAGUCCCAGCUCUUCUACUCUGCAGCUGAGUGACUUUGUGUCGGGCAUUUACUACCUCCAAGCCUCAGUUUCCUCAUCCCUUAGGGAUGAUGUGAGGAUUAAAUGAGACAGUAGCCAUAAAGCACUUAGAUUUCUGCUUGGCAUGUAGUGAAUCUCAGUAAAUGUUAGCUAUUACUAUUAUUUUCCUCUGAAAAAUGGCUUCAUUAGUUAUAUAUUUCUCUUCAUAUAUGCAUUGAACAUUUAACUCUUAACGCUGGUCACCAUCACCUUGAAUAAAGGUAAGUAGGCCAUUUGGAGGCCAGCACAGAGAGAUUCGUGCUUUUGCUUAUGUAACUUUUUCAGAAAAGUGACCAGCUGCUCUGCUGGCAACUGCAGAUUCUGGGGAGGAAGUUCACAUUUCCAUUUCAUUGUCUGCCAUCUCUCAUGACUGUCUUUGGUGAACCAAAUACCUUUUUUGUAUGGGCCAGACAUCGUCUUUUCAUAGAAUACUUUUGUUGUAAGAGAAAUCGAAUGUAGUGCCUGGCACACAGUGGGACCGUUAUAAUUGUUAGUUGACUGACUGUGAAGUGUAAAAACAUGGUAAUAUAUUUAUACUGGAAAUACAAAUUUAGAUAAUUAACACUGUUGAGUGGGGGAAAAUAAGAGUCUAAUGAAUUUAUUAUUAACAAGCUAAAUUUUAAGAAACAGUUUUGCUUGGGUGAUGCCAGAUAGUUGUGAACAUUGUGCUUUGUAAUACUGCCAGUAUUAGCGUUAGAUGAUUCAUGAAUCUUCUUCUUUUCUGUCAGGUGCCGUUUGCUUCAGUGGUUUGGUAGUUUUCCCUCCCUGAGUACAUUGUAGAGGUAUGUUUGCUAUUGGUUGUGCAUCCCCUUUUUGGGUGAACUGAAGGGAGCAACAGGAGACAGGUCUAAUCUGUGGUAACUGUGACACAAAUGAUGUGCCAAAUGUCAAGCAAUGGAUUUUGACAUAAUUAAUCCAACUAAGAUAAAAACGACCAGAAGAAAUAGUCUGCCUUGGAAUAAAGCAUUUCCUAAGGAGAUCCCGCACGUUCAGGCUUUCCGGCAACCCACCAAAGUGUUGCUACUAGCAGGGAAAGGCCAUGUUACUACAUCAGGUCCUGUUCCUGGCUCUUGGUCUUUGUUUUCCAGCGGUUUCCUGGACCCACAUUAGAAAGAGGUAGAGUUGGGUUUUUGUGUUGCCAGACGUAAUAAAGCUUAACCUGUAAAUAUACCGAGGUUUUAAAGAGCAGAGGGAAACAGAAACCUUUAAAUGUGUUCCACAGUCCCAACAUUUGCAAUAAAUUAAACUUGAAGUUCAUUACAGGUCUAACUUAGCAUGUGUUAUACAGAUUCUCAUGAGUAUUUUAUCUUGAUGGAGCUCCUUUGUUUUUUGCUCAUUAAUUCAAUUUUGAUGUGAAACAUUUUCUCUUGUGUAGCAUAUAUAUUUUUAGACAUUAAUAAAAGAGAACAUAUUAUUGUAUUGUGUCUUUUUUAAUAAAAAGUUAUUAUUAAACUGGGCCUUCGGAGAGGAUCAGAUGUGACUAGAACAGUGCUGAGUAUGCAAAGAAAUUUUUGAAGGAGUUGAAUUCUGAAGAUGGUCUGAUGCAUUCCAUUCAGUUUAUCGUUGACAGCGAGAGCACAGUCUGGAUCAGAGGGAGAGAGUGGGGCUGUGGGAGAGGGAGGGACAGCAGAGAGGCCGCAGGGGUGCCAGGAGAGAAGCAGGACGCUGGAGUGAGUGUGCCUUUGAGGAGCGUCUGGAAACACAGAGUCUGUCCGGAAGAAUGAAUAGAGCAGGGAUGGUGCAGAAAUCACCUCCUGUGAACACGCGGCUUGGCUGUUAGCUGGCCUCUUUAAACAAAACAUUAACUGUCUUUUAUCAGUUUACCUGAAUUAAAUGCCGUUCAUUCAUAAUACGGAGUUUUUAAUUUUAAGCACCUUAGAUAAUUAUUUUUUACCUUAUUUGUGAGGUUUGUUUGGAUUUUUUUUUGUGUGUGUGUGGAAUUACUAACCUUGGUUAGGAUUACGUUUGGGAAGUCAGGACCCUCUCCAGUAAAAUUAUAAACUCUUGCACUUUAUAGGUUUAUAUACAUAAAUAAGUUUCUCAUUGGAUUUAAAGUGAAACAUUGCAGUAAUCCUAUAUAAAAGCAUUAUUCCAGUGGUAUUGAUACCUAAACUUGAAAGAUUGAAUGCGUAAGUAAAAUGUUUUUCAAGAGUUUCUUCAAUGUAGGAGGGGGGAAUCACGAUUUGUGUCUAAUUCCAGUUUAGUAUGUUACUUAAAAUUGAAAGUAAGCCUAACAUUUUCUUUGUUUGCUUGUGUGUGUGUGUGUGUUUCUAAAUACACAUUUAUCAAUCAAGCUUAAUUAAUUUGAGGUUAUUUUGAUGUGAUUGCUCAGAACUUUUAGUUUGAUCUAUCCGUGUGGAAAUAGGGUUUACUAAAUAUUUAAAGAAUUUUCCAAGUAUCUACAUUUACUCAUGCAGAGUAAGUUAGUGGGAGACAUAUCUAAUGUUCUGAAGACACCUGCUGGCUUUUUGUUUUGUUUUUGUGUUUCAAAUAAAAAAGUGAGUCUUACCUGUUUAUUAAAGGAGAGUGUGGUUAGCUUUGAUGAAAACAUGUUGUGUCAAGUUCCUUGUACUUGAAAGUACUAAAUGGUAUUGUUUUGCAUUUCUGAAAACAAUUAUGGAAUGUUUUAAGACUAGCUUUCUUACCAAAUAAUCAGUUACUAGAGCCUUAUGGUAUGCUUUGUGGUAUUUUUCCAGAAGAACAUCAUUUUGGUUAUGUUUCACUUCCCUUUGUUUUAUCUUGAUUCAUAUUAUUGUUACACUCAAGUAUUGCUUCACAUUGACUGGACAAUGGAGUAAAAAUGAGGUGAUGUGUGAUCACUGAAAAUGUCAUGGUUCUAUGUAUUACGUAAGAUUUUAUUAUUAGAAAAUAUUAGGUCCCAAACUGCACAAAUAGUUUUAAUCAUAUCCAAAUGAAUGCUCACAUUCUAAAAGUAAUUAAUAUAAAAUACACAACAGAAUUUUCUGACGGAAUACUAACACAGUGCUCCAUAUGCAAUACGUAAAAAAAGCAGUUAAGAGUGUACCUGCAUAUAUAACUUGUUAUGCCAUGUUCUUAGUGAUAGUUCUUGAAAACCACUGGGCUAAAUGAUACCUAAAUUCACUUCUAAAAUUUCCAAAUUCUAUUGACCUUAUGACUUAGAUACUGCUUCUGAUGGGUUAGGGGUCCAGAGAGAUAAUAUUUUCUAUUUUAAGUAGUUUUUUUAAAACUUUUGUAAAUAAUGAAAAUUGACUUUGAAGAGUACACUAUUUUGAAAUCCAGUUGACUGUAAAUCUACUUCAGACAACACCUACAGUUCUUGUUUCAAGGAAAGCAGAGCAAUGUCUGUUAUACAGAGAUCUCAUAUUAAACUUGUUGGGAAAAUUGCCAGUGUGAAUUAAAUCAUUAAGAAGUGGUGAAAAUGUCUCCUAGGUAGACAGAUAUUUUGUUAACCUCUGUGGGUUGGAAAACCUGGUGGUGUAGUGGUUAAGUGCUACGGCUGCUGACCAAAAUGUCGGCAGUUAUAAUCUACUAGGCACUCCUUGGAAACUCUAUGGGGCAGUUCUACUCUGUCCUAUAGGGUCGCUAUGAGUUGGAAUCGACUUGAUGGCAAUGGGUUUGUGUUUUUUUUUUUGGUGGGCUGGAAAGUAGACUCUUGAGUCCCUGGGUAGUACUAAUGGUAAAUGCACUUGGCUGCCAGCCAAAAGGAUGGAGGUUCAGGUCUGCCUAGAGGUGCCUGGGAAGAAAGGCCUGGUGAUCUGCUUCCUAAGAUCAGCCAUUGAAAACCCUGUGGAGCACAGUUCUACUCUGACAUACAUGCGGUCUCCAUUGAGUCGGAGUCAACUUCACAGCAAAUGGUUAUGGAAGAGACAAGUACACUUAACCAAUCUCAUGGUUUUUUUAUGUUGUCCAUUAAAGAAGUUUGUCUUCUAUGUAUGACUUAGUUUCUCUUGUCAGGUCUCUUUUAAAGAUCUCUAUACCUGUCCCUUAGAGUUGAAGAGGACAACCCAAGUGUUAAUUUACAUCUUAGGUAGCUCCUAGAUAGGUAUUCUGUAGUAACGAUGUAUUAAAGGUCUCAAUUUAUAAACUUUUUCAUUGUAUUUUUUUUAUAAAAAAAAUCUGCCAAAACCAAAAACCAAGCCUAUUGCUGUUGAGUCUAUUCCAACUCAUAGCGAUCCUAUAGGACAGAGUAGAACUGCUCUGUAGGGUUUCCAAGGAGUGGCUGGUGGAUUUGAACUGCUGACUUUCUGGUUAACAGCUGAGCUCCUAACCACUGUGCCACCAAACAAAAAAAGCCCAAACCUGUUGCCUUUGGUCGAUUCCAACUCACGGCGACCCUAUAGGACAGAGUAGAACUGCCCCCAUAGGGAUCUGAGGAGCGGCUGGUGGAUCUGAACUGCGGAACUUUUGGUUAGCAGCCCUGAGCUCUUAACCACUGUGCCACCAGGGCUCCUUAUAUCUUGUAGGUAGGCCCAUUUCUUUCUUCAUUUUUUUUUUUUUUUUGCAUUUUAUUAGAAUUUCAAACAUACACAAAAGUAGAGUGUAUAAUGUAAUAAGCCCCCAUAUACCCACCAGUCCCUGGAGAAGGACAUCAUGCUUGGUAAAGUAGAGGGUCAUUGAAAGAGAGGAAGACCCUCAACGAGAUAGAUUAGAUCAGUGGCAGCAACGAUGGGCUCAAGUGUAGCAACGAUUGUGAGGAUGGCACAGGACUGAGCAGUGUUCUGUUCUGUUGUACGUAAGGCUGCUAUGAGUUGAAACUGACUUGAAAGCAUCUAACGGCAACCUAUCAUCUAAUUUUAAGUUAUCAGCCACAUCCUUGCUGCUUUUUUAAAAAAUAACUUUGAAACAUUAAAUUGCAAACUAUAAAAAUUUCUAGGAGCUGAAGUGCAGUUAGCUGAGGUUAUGUUAGUAAGAUAGAAAUGUAUGUUUCACAUGUAGUCGUACUGAAAUUAUCUUAAAAAUACAAAGCUCUUUAGAGAAAAGGCUUUCAAACUUUUCAUCUGUGACCCAGAUAAAGAAAUAGAUUUUGUGACUAAGUAUAAAAAAAAAAAAAUUUUUUUUUUUUUAUAUGCAUAAAUGUCUGAUGUUUUGUGAAACUACCUACUCUGGAGUUCAUUUAAAGAAGACUGGUGACCUUGUAAAUUGAUUUCACAACUCAUCAGUGGGUCUUGACAUGCAGGUUAAAAAAUAGUAUUUUCAGGUAUGGAAUAGUUUUUUUUUUUUUUUAAAUGCCGUGUUAGCCUGGAAUAAUCUGAUGGUUUCAUAAACACAGUAAGAAUUUUCACAAGGAAUUUUGUCAGGAAUAUUUGCACAUACUUAGUAAAGAAAAUACAGUAUUAUUGAAUUCAUACAUUAGUCAUGCUUCUUAUAGUACUGAUUUUUUUUUUUUCAUAAUUGUACUUGGGAAAAAAAGGAAGCUGCAGUAAUUUGAAUAUCGUAAUCACAACAUAAGUUUUCCGGUAUGUUUAGUUGUCCUUUCUUUUAAAUUAGCACUCGUGUUCCUUAUUCCCUAGGCUCUGUCUUUGAGUUUAUUCGUUGAGUACAGGGCUGGGAGCACUACUGUUUAUCCUGAGCUGAAUACUUAACUCUGAUGCUGUUGUCUGAGGCAUAUUUCUGAAAUCUUUAAUGUUCACACAUUUGAUGUCUUAGCCAUGUGGACAAUUCCCAGGGCACCUCUGCCACUUUUUAUGGAAAACAUUCUGGAAACAGUUUUGCUAGGUAAGUAACAUAACCUGAUCCUGCACCUCACAUUUCUACCCAGUCUUGUAGUUCUGAGGUAAUGAGGACCUGAAACAAGGCUCGAAGAGUCCAAAUUGGAAGUAAUUAUGAAGGGAGAACAAAACAGAUUUGGAGGGUUGAUUGAAUUUUGGGUCUUCCUGAGAGAUUGAGGGGGCAGCAAGUUUUAGUAGAUAACGACAUUAGUGACCAGGAAGUCAGAACACUUGGAUUUUAGUAAGAGUCCUGCAGGUAGAUUAUAGCCUUUUUGGACCAUAGUAUAUCUAAGUGUUAGAUUAGGACUUUUCAAACUUUAGCAGUGGAAAAGUUUUGUUUUUAAAAUACCAAGUAGAAUCUCAAUUUGUCAGAUCAAAGUAGGGUUGUUUGGGGGAGAAGAAGUCCCCUAAGUGUUCCAAAGAGUCCUUAGGGUCUGAGAGACAAGGUUUUAAAAUUGAUGAAAUAAAUGGCCCCUUUGUAGACCUACUUCUGAAAUUUUUGCACAAGGAUGUUUUGUACCUUUGGUUCAUGAUGUACUUGGUCAGUCUUGAUACUUGUAUGGAAGAGAGUCUGUGCAUACUUUGCAAAGUCAAAUAUACAUUAAAAUGUGAAACCUCAGCUCUCUUACAUGUACAGUCAGUGGUUACAUGUACAAUCAAUGGUUAAAAUACUCAUCACAUGUGUCUAUGGUUGAAAUGAGACCAAAAGAAAAGAUGAUCCCUUUCAGGCAGUGUCUAUAAAAUAGCAAAGGAUAAUCAUCCUAUGCAAAAUGGACUUGGUAAAAUAAUACUUAAUUGCAAGGCUUUUCACCUUGUUUGUGGGAAAGAGCUACUUGUUAUUUGCCCAGAGUUUUGAAAUCCAGGAAUAUGCACAAACGUGAUAGUAGAGUGCAGAGGUGUGCUGGUAAGUCUCUGCUUGGAAAGGAGUUGAAAGUGCUAUUAGUUUUCAGCCCUUCUUGGUGGGGGUAAGAUCUUAGGGCUGUGUGGUUUUAGCAACCACCUCGGAGACUGAAUACUAAGUUCCAGUUUAUUAGUUAGGAAUGCCAGCUUUGAAAAAAAAAAAAAAGUUCAUGUUUAAUAAUGCCACAUACUUUUUAAACUCAGAGGCCCACAAAGAAUUUCUACGUAGAUAAUUCAGAUAAUUGGGGAUAGAUGUGUAAUGAUUAAGGCCUGAACUGGUAACAUGAAUGAGAAAGAAGCAGAGUAUUCUUGUAUGCCAGUCAUUCAAGGAUAAAAUGUUUUGGAUUGAAUAAUGUAUACUAGAUACUCUUUAGUUCUAAAUGUCCAUGGUAAACAAAGUAUUAGUGAGGUAGUAUAGUGUCCUGGUACCAGCUCUGGAAUCACACUGUCAGGGUCUGUGUCCUCUCUGCCACCAUCAGCUGAGUGAUAUUAGGCAAAUUAUUUAAUCUCUGUGCUUACGAGGUAGAUUCUAUUAUUAUGUGCUGAAUUAAAUUACAUAAUACACUUUGCAGUAUGCCUGACACACCUAAAGUGAUUAAUGAAUGUUAGCUGCUGUUAUAAUGAAUUACUUUCAGAAACAUUAUAGGUUCAGUAAUCUUUUUGAAAUUUUCUUGCUUUUUUAGAAUAGCUAGAAAAUGUCCUACUCCCUCCACUCCCAAGUGUUUUUUUCCAAGGUUGUAUUCUCAAAGAAAAGACUUCUAGGCUUUUUGCUCAUUUGUUUUUUACUCUAGAGGUUUACAGAGAACCUGAACUUCUUUUCCUGUACGAAUUGAUGAUGAGGCGGCAUUAUUACCUAUUUUGGAAAAGCGUGGGAAGGUUGCAAUCUAACUGUAAGGUAAAUCUCAAAUCAAAAAUCAAUUUUACAUUCAGUUUUUAUUCACUUGCUUGCCAGGAUUAACGAAUGCAUGUCAAGAAAACAGACUGACAGUGGGGAUUUAAUUUUUCUAAAUAAAAAACAGCCUCCAGAGCAUCUAUGGUAAAUUCAAAUGUACUGUAGUGUAGCGUCCUAGAAUCUGUGCUUCUAUUGAUACAGAAAGAUGGCCCUGAUGUCAUGAAACACCCCACAACUUAAAGAAAAAUGGUUUCAUUUUUAUGCUGUGCAUUAACAAACUAAUGACUACUAGUACGUUUUAAGUUGUUAAUAGGUUGAAAUUUAAUAAAAGCAUUUUAUCCUUAGUCCUUGGUAAUGAGAAUCUUAUUUUUUUACCAUUCUUUUAAUAGACAUGAUUAAGUAUAAUGUGUGCAGCAAGGCAUUGUUGGGAUACAAAAUUAGAGGCAUAUCCUGGUUUCCAAAUAAGUCAUAUAUUAAAAUGUUAUUUUUUAUAAACACAGUUUUGUAUUAUGUAUUUUCAUGAAUUCAUAGAAUAUACACUAUUUCAGUUAAUUGGUGAUUUUUAAUAUAUAGAUUUGCAGAAUAUUAGAGCUGAAAGAAACCCUAGGAACCAGGCACAUUCCACUGGUUGUACAUGUAAGAGAACUGAGGUUUCACAUUUUAAUGUAUAUAUAUUUAUUAAAUGGAAUGAUUUCUAUACAUAACUUUUUUUAAGUCACAGUUUAAACUGAUGUGUCUAGCAUUUCAGUGGAAGCCCUGGUGGCACAAUGGUUAAGUGCUUGGCUGCUAACCGAGAGGUCGGCAGUUCAAACCCACCAGCACCUCCGUGGGAGAAGAGAGCUGGCUAUCUGGUCCAGUAAAGAUUUACAGCCUAGGAAACCCUAUGGGGCAGUUCUACUCUGUCAUAUAGGGUUUCUGUGAGUCAGAAUUGACUCGAUGGCACACAACAACAACAUUUUAAUACUGUACACUUUGGUGUUCAUAUCUGAAAUACUAUCAGAGUACAAGAUAAUACAUUCUAGAGAGUCAAUGCUAGACUACACAUUCUUGGCCUCUUUUGCACCAGGGUUUAUAAUUUACACCAGAUAAUACUCUGAGAUUACUACAUAGAGAAAUACCCUUUGCAAAUUUUAAGGUUCAGUGAUCUUUGCAUACUAUCAUUUGAAAUCAUGAGAGGAGGUAUCUUCCUUUUGGGCACUAGGGCCAUGAAUUGUGUACUCUGCAGUAAGGGAAGAGAUUCUGGUUAAUGAGGAAGUUACCUGAGCCAAGGGUGGUAUACCAAAACCCCAGUGCUGUCGAGUUGAUUCCGACUCAUAGCAACCCUAUAGGACAGAGUAGACCUGCCCCAUAGAGUUUCCAAGGAGCGCCUGGCGGAUUUGAACUGCCGACCCUUUGGCUAGCAGCCGUAGCACUUAACCACUACGCCACCAGGGUUUCCAAGGGUAGUAUAGCUACCAAAUGAUAUUUAAUGUAGAAGACUGUGGGUUGAGGAUUUCUCAUUUUUGAUAGAGAAAAACAAAACUAGGACUUUGAAGGCGCUUUGGAGGAAUAAAUACAAUCAGUAGAGUUCUUGGAAAAUUACUGCUUGAAGUUGUUUGGGAAAAGUUUGUAAAUCACCGUUAUUCUGCAUUUAGGAUUUCAAGUUAAUUAACCUGGAGUUUUAUUCUGGGAUUGCACCAUGCUAGUUGCUUGACCUUACACAACACAACCUCCAGUUUCCCUGUAAAUUGGAUGACCACAAUUCUCAGUUUGCGCCCGUUGCCCCAUCAAAAUUAUUAAUAGCAUCUUUUUUUUUUUUUUCAUGUCAUUGCCCCUUUUGGGGAGGCAAGUAAAAUUCCUGGAAGAGACAAUAACCAUAUAAGUUGUUGAAAAUUUUGGAAGAAAUACAGAUCUCCAUGUAUAGCGUGUAAUACAAAAUAGUCCUUGGAAUCUGUUGUUUAAUCUCACCAUAUAAAUAAUUUUUGCCACCAUAAUGACUUAAGUAGUGGGAAAGUUUGUAGUUUCAACACAUUGGCAGUAUGACCUUAUAGGUAAAGGAGUUCAGUCUGUCUCAUUUUUGAAAAUUCACAGUAAGACUCAGUGUAGUUCUAUUGAAGGAGCUGUAGCGGCUCAGUCGUUAAAGUGCUAGACUGCUAAUCCAAAGGUCAGCAUUCAAACUCAUCAGCUGCUUCAUGGGAGAAAGAUGUGGUAGUCUGCUUCCGUAAAGAUCUAGAACCUUGGAAACCCUGUGGGGCAGUUCUACUCUAUCCUAUAGGGUCCUUAUGAGUCGGAAUCUACUUGACAGCAAUGACUUUUUUUUUUUUAAAUCUGUAGAGUAUCCUCGCUUUUUAAAAUUGAGAAACCAUUGGGGGUCUAGAGGAGGGGUAGCAUAUUUCCCAUUUCAUACCAAUAUUGAAGAAAUCUCAUGGUCACUUGCCUGUGUUACUGUCACAUCCUUAAUUUUCAAAAUCAUAUCUGGUUAAUCUUUACAGAAAUAUUGAGGAGCAGAAAGGAGCAAAAAGAGUGUAAAUAUAUUCCCUCAUGAACUUCUUACACAAUCUAAAAUAGAGCUACUACUGCUGUUGAUAUUUUCUGGAGAAUCACUUGGUCUGUGGCAUACUGGCUUUGCUUUUUUCAGUACUCUUCACUGCAUAGUGAGAGCUGGUUUUGCCUAGGGCUUUAGACUGAGAUUGCAUACAUUUUUAAAAGCUAAGAAGAUUGGUUGGGAAUAAGUGUUAGUUUAGCUUUUCCCCACCAAGAAACAUUUCCAAAGAUACUCUGGCCAAUGGAUAGCUUUUCUGAAAAAAUUGGGAAUUCCUUAUAAAGGCAAAUGACAUGACACACUCUACUCAAGCAGAGUCCAUUGCACCUUUGAGAGCUUCCGGUAUGGAGACCAUGCCUGUACCUGAGGAGUCACUGUCAUCACGAACAACAGAAGAUCCUUCUUCUAAGCCUUCAGAAGCAGAAUAAUAUUUACCUGAUGCUGUUUAAAGGUGGUGCUGAUAAAGGAUGGGAAUGAAUUCCUAACUUGGUAUAUUUUAUCCUAAUAAAAGUGUAGUGCAUUCAGUGAUGACUCAUUUGGAAAGAAGCGUAAUUACGUAGAAAGUUCCAUUCUCAGUCCCUUUCUCACCCUCCCUGAGUGAUUUCUUCUCCUCCCAUGGUUUCAGUUUCAUCUAAGCUAGUAAUUCCCAAGUGCAUGUUUCCAGCCUCCACCUCUUUUCUGAUUACCAGUUCUACUUUUUUAACUACCUACUGGGCAUGUCACCAAGGAGCCCUCGUGGCACAGUGGUCAAGUGCUCAGGUGCUAUCUGAAAGGUUGGCAGCUUGAACCCAUCAGCUGCUCCAUAGGAAAAAGAUGUGGCAGUCUGCUUCCUUGGAAACUCUGUGGGGCAGUUUUAAUCUGUCCUAUAGGGUUGCUGUUGUUGUUUUUGUUAUAGGGUCGCUGUGAGUCCUAAUUAACUUCUGGCAGUGAGUUUGGGACAUUUCACCUGGAUAUCAGCCUGUCCUCCCUUAUUCCAUUUGUAGUAUCACUCUCUACCCAUAAGGCCAACAGGUUGAGUUGAUUCUAUCUUGUAAACAUUCCUUCCAUCUGUCACCUUCUCACGAUUCCCACAGCCACUCUUAGUUCAGACUCUCAUUUUUCACUUGGAUUAUUGAAAGGGCUUCCUAGCGGGUCUUUCUGACUUCCUUCCUUCUGGUCCAUCCUUCAUACUGACACAGGUCAUAUCAGUUACACUCCUUGUUCUGUAGAAAGAAGUUCAAACUGCUUAGCUUAGGACACACGCUUUUUAUAACCUGCAAGAUACCUGUCAUUCUCCCUAGAUGGUGAGGUCUUGAAGAUAGAGACUGUCUUGUUUUUCUGAGUAGCAUGAGCACUUAACAGGUGCUCGGAAUAUAAUAGCACUCAAAAAAUACUGAAGUUUUCCAGCUGUAUUUUGAACUGCUCAUUCCUGCCACUUCUCCAUCCAGCACUGUGCUCUCUUUCCUCUUGCCAAGAACCAGACCACCACCCACUCACCGCCAACCUGACGAGGCUAAACUCAGAUCUCAUGCAUACGCUUUCUAGGCAUGCACACUUAGCAAAAUAAUUAUUCCUGGUACGUGUUGUUAUAUGUUCCCGUUGUACACAUCUGUCAUGGAAGUGGCCGUUAUAAUUUGUAUUUAAUUUUGAUUUUUCGUAUAUCUCUUGUCUUGCAAGGUUGUGAUCUCUUUAGGAACAGAUUAUCUUCAUUAUCCCUAGGCACAGUCCUUGGCAAAACAGGCCCUCAGUAAAUGGUAAUUGAGGGCAUGUUCUCAAUUUAUAGAUUGGUAACCUGAACAAAUAUAAAAGUCAUUGUUAUGAAGUCAUAUACUGAGUGACAGUUUUUUAGCAAUUAUUUUUGUUACAUUACUUCUUUGGGAUAUGACCACAGAUGCAGCUGCUGCCAAGAAUCUUUAUAUGGUUUCAGAAACAUCUCUGUGGCUCCUGUGCCAUUAUUUUCUUUCUGCUUGAACAAGUUGAAAAUGUUAACAGUUUCAGAAUUCCUGAGACAGUGGUUGUCCUAGUGUGGUCUGUAAACCAGCAGCACCAGCGACACCAGGGAACUUGUUAGAAAUGCAGAUUCUUAGGUCCCACCCCAGACCACCUGAAUCAGAAAUUCAGGGCGGGGAGCCCACAAUCUAAGUUUUAACCAGCCCUCCAAGUGAUUCUGAUGUAUGACAAAGUUUGAGAAUCGCUGCUCUAGGAUUUUGCCAUCUAAGAAAAGUUUUGCCUUUGAUAAUAUAAAUAACACAGUUCUCAUUGUGGCUUCUACUAUAAGCUAUUAAUGGUUUGUAAAUAACUCAUCCACUGGGAAGACUGGGACUGUUUUACCUUAACAUCCUGGAACGUGAUUCAAAAAUUGAAUUUCCCCGUGUGCCAAGAACUUGACUCCGGUUUCUGGGAAAAAGCUUAAAAGGGGGCUGCCAGGGGUAGCUUCCUACCUCCUCCAGUUAAAAAUCUCGUGGAUUAUAUCUAGGCCGUUGGCUUGGGCUGCUUGUGUUCACUGUCGUAUUCCUGGCAUGUAUGAUGAUGGAAGAAUGAGAUGAAUUGCGUUAUCCUUUGGAAGACUGAGAUGAAUGGUGUUAUCUUUAACACUUAAGCCCUGAUUGUUAGUGCAAAGUUGUUGGAGACAGAAAUUGAGCUUGUUAUCAGAAGUUAUAUUGAAUGUAUAGCCAAGUGCAUUUCAGAAAAAAGUAAUUAGGUUAGUUUUUGAUACAGUAAUUACUCAAGGCUUUUCAGAGUAUUCAACCUUUUUAACAAAUUGUUUUCAUUUUGCCUUUAAUAAAUCCUAACUGGAGGGCCAAAUGAAGCACAGUCCUAAAAUGCUGUAACUUAGAAAAAAAAAAAAGAGGUUUCUGGCUUCAGAGCUCCAUUUUGGAUGUAGUUCUAGACCAACCCAGAGCUAUUUUUGACAGUCUUUUGGGAUAAGAGAACUUUUAUGAGCAUUUGUUUAAACAUACAAGGAUUUCUCACUAUUUGAACCCAAGUUUUCAUUAACAACUCUCUUUGAGAUAGAACUGGUUUUUGUGUGUUUUCCUUGCGUGAGACAUCCAUUGUUUUUAAUGUUAGCAAAACUAGCUUUUUUCCUUUGUGUACCAACUGUUUGAAUACUGCUCAUGCCAUUUGUGGGGUUAUGAAGUGAAUUUCCUAGAGUUUCCUAAAAAGAUCAGUUUAACAGCAGGUGGUGGUUACUACAUUUUCCCACUUGCACACACUUUUAGUUUUUAAAAAGUCAUGGUCAUUUUGAUAUCAGACUCAAAACGAGACCUGAUCUAUUAUUGGAGUCCUGUUGGUGUAGCAGGGCCUUGGUGGCACCGUGGUUAAGCAUUUGGCUGCUAACCAGAAGAUCAGCAGUCUGAACCUACCAGUCGCUCAGUGGAAACCCUGUGGGGCAGUUCUACUCUGUCCUGUAGGCUCACCAUGAGUCUGGGGUGAGGAAAACCAGGUUGUUAGUCUCAAGCAGGGCUUUGAAUCAGUUCUUUCAGGUUCAAGCUCUGGCUGAUAAUUUGCGUUUCUAUCCCAGAUGUACUGAAUCGGAAUCUACAGUUUAAGAAAAUCCCCAGGUGAUCCUUAUGUAAAAUAAACUUUGAGAACUGCCACGCUGCUAGUGGAUCUCAGAAUUCGUCCCUAACCAACAGCAUUAGCAUCUCCUAAGAACUUGUUAGAAAUGUAAAUUAUCAGCAGGGGUCGGAAAGGAACAAACCCAGUUUGAAGCCUUGGUCUCAAGGAAUGUCUUUGAUAAUGAGGAUGUUUAUCUGAGUACUAGAAAAGCCCAGACUAAGUACGUGGUGACUAGGACCUUCUGACAGAUAACAUAUAACCCAAAAAGCCGAUAACAUAUAAGCAGGGCUUUUAAUUUGUUAGAGCCCACGUAAGGAUAUUUAGAAUUGCAGGCAAGUGUUACUUAGCCCCUGGAACAUGUUAGAGGUGCAGGAAGAAAUGCAAAAUAGGAUCACUUCUGAGCUGAUUCUUCUCUUUGCAGAUCUGGUGUCAGGUUCAAGUUUUAUAAGACCGUUUUUAAAAAAUGAGAAUUUAUUCUAAAUCCUCUUUUUUGAUUGCUGGCAAUGCUACCAUAUUUAAUGUUACUUUCUGUUUGAAACAUGUUUAAAUUCUUCGGGUCAGUGGUUUUCAUUCCUUUUUUCUUCUGGAAAAUGGAAAAGGUCAGAAAAAGUCACCACAGGAGAUACUACUGCCUCUGGUGGGUGAGCCUGUGAGCCCUGUCACACUGCUUUUGAGAUUCCUCCGCAGAGCACUCAGGACCGGUUUGGAUCGUCCUGUAAGUUACAGAGUAGAAUUCUUGGAUAAAACUCCAAUCUUAUUACAGUCAUGGCUUUACAGGUUUACAAAGUGAUUUUCAUACAUUGUUCAUGUCCAUGACCUUAUGAAGAAGGUAGGAGCUUGUUAUCCCCAUUUUUCAGAUGAGGAGGCUGAGGUUGAAGAAGUUGAAGAAUCCAGCCGAGAUGUUCUAAACCAUGGCUCAUUUCCCUAUAAGGUGAGCUCUUGGCCUAAUAGACCCCUAUCUGUCUACUCACUCAGUGGCAGUACCACCUAGACUUAGGGUAUCAAACCUGGGGUCUGAAACACUGCUGAAACUAGAUGCAGAAUUUUGUGUGCUUUUUUUUUUUCUGGGAUGAGAGGGGCCCAUGGCUUUUCAUUAGAUUCCUAUCCUUUUUGUGUGUGUCAUUAUAAGGCCCACAGAUCUAGGUAGGUCGUGGUUGCUUAGCUUGUCAGUGGCACUGUCACAGGACUGAAUGAAGAUCCCUGUUGAAGUAUAGAUGGAUCAUAUCAGAUGCUUGUCACUCCUAAAGUAACAUUUGCAUAGAGCUUCUAUUUACAGAACUCUUCCACAUGUUACAUGAUUUUUGCAACUAUAAAGUAGGUGACAUUAUUCCCAUUCUGUAUCUGAAGAAACUGCUCAAAGAGUAUAAGAAUUCAGUCUUUCUUAGACUGAAAUUCAGCUAGUCUGACAUGAUCCAAAAUUGUGUAACUAUCAUCUUAAGUUUUGUGAAUUUACUGUUUGGCUUGCUGAGUAGCCAGUGUGUUUCCUGCAUAGGUCAUGGUGAAGCAGCCUGAUUUGUAAUUGGUUGGUUUAUUCUUUAUUUUUUUUUAAGGAGAACAUUGUAUUGCCUCUUUUUCAUUAUUCUUGGGCUUCCUAUGGUGUUGAUAAUAUCCCAGAUUUGAUGGCUGACAACUCUAUAAUAAUGUUUGCUACUCCUGAGUCCACGCGUGUGUGUGUUGUUACCACUCUCCCGAUUCUAGUUCGCUGUAAGGAGAGAAAGGAAUGGAGAAUUCAUUCCUUUUUCAUUGCCUCCUCCAGUUAACAUUUCUCUUUUGUUACUCAUUUUACUUGAAAGGUUAAGGCUAAUUAUUUGUUGUUUCUUGAAGACACUGGAUUCCAAGUUGAAACUCAUCUCAAACGUAAAGGUUCUUUUUUCCCACCUGUUGUGGAGCAGUGCUGAAGUCUACUGCACAUGGCCUGUUCAGCGUUUAUUUCUCUGGAGACGGAUAAUAAUAGCUAACAUUAUUGAAUACUUACCGUGAGCCAUGCGCUAUUUAUGGAACUUCUGUGUUAUCUAAUCCUCACAAUAUAUACCUAUGAGGUACUCAUAUUGUUAGCCCCAUUUUACAGAUGAGGGAGAUAAUGCUCAGAGAGGUUAGGUCACUUGUUUAAGGUAACACUGUUAGUGACGGAACCUGGAUGUGAACCCAGGCAGUCUGAUUUUAGAGUUUGCUUCUUUUAAUCAAUAUAUAGGCUUUUGGCACUAAAUAAAUUUCCCUGUUUCUCUAAAGCUGAAGGCCAGUUAAUAUGGACCAAACAGAUUCCUUUAGGCUACUUUGGGUGGUGUAAUUUCAAAAUAAAGGGUGUGCUCUGGCUGAGAAGCUAGUGGUAGAAAUGAUCUUCAUUUUUAAGCCAUUGUCAUUUCUGCCUGGCGUAGGGGAAGCUGUGGAAGUGGUGGAUUUGAAUUUGGAAAAUGCUUUGUAAUUGCUGCCACCUCUGCGUAGAGAUCAGACUAAUCCAUGAGAUCAGACCCACGUACCUUCUUCCUGGUGCAGAGAAUCAGGUUACCCCAUUUCCAUCCACUCCCAGGGCCUCAGGCCUGUCUGUGCCUUGGUUGGCAGGCGUGGAAUGGGUGCAGAGCGACUUCUGCCCUACCUUUGGUGUAUUACAGUAGGGACAAACAAGCCGCUUCUCCUGUUAACAGCAAGGUACAGAGCCUGCGUAUGUUCCAGUCUUAGCGCAGUUAGGGGCCAUUCCGACAGAUUGAAAUCAUCAUAGACCCUGUAACCAGGAGUUAGAUGUCAAUGGGUCUUGCUCAGUCUUUCUUCUUUUUGAGGUAUACGAUUUGAGCAUGCGAGUGUGUGUGUGAGAAAUGCUGCUGUGUCCUUGGUUGUCAUCUCUUCUUUCCUGUGAGGUCUGAAGGAGAGCACAGCAGGAGCCACCCCGAGGGAACAGUGGUGAGAGGGCCUUAAAGGGAAUAGCUGUUUUGUUUUUGAAAAAUGAUAGAAGCGGGCUGGGUUUAAAGGCCUGCCCUGGACAGUAGUCAGCCAAGGGAGAAGGGAGAGCAGUUAGCUUUAUUACCAGUGAUGCCCUGGAGGGAAAUGAGAACCUCCUCUGUAAAAACCUCUGGGGGCCCCUCCGGUAUGGGGCUAGGCUAGCUUUUUGCUUCCUUAGGGCAUACGUAAAAGCAGUUUUCUUCCGAUUUGGACUCAGCUUGCUCUUCUGUGUUCCCUUUUUCUUCUCACCCUCUGUGCAUAUCUACACAUCCAGUUUUCCUGCCAGAGAGCUCCUCUCUUCCUCCGGCUGCUAGCCCCAGCUGUCGUCUUCCUGCCCCAUCCCCCACCCCGUUAUGCAAUUUUAUAUUACACUUCUCCCCAUUUUGCUACCUCCAUUUUUUGUGCUCUGCCUGCCACCCCUCCACCCCCAGCUGUCAGCCCCUCCCUCCCCCAGAACCAUUCGCCACCGCUAAGCUCCCCUCAUUGAUCAUUGUUGAAGUGAACAUUCUGGUAUCAGUACUUUGUCAAAACUGUGUAAGGUCUGAGCUAGUCACUGAUGAGAUGCGUGGAGAUUAUUGGGGUGGGAAGGAGGAAGGGAGGCUGCUUUUCUGAAAUUGAGUCUUUUUCCAAAAUACUGGGUGCACCUUGACCUGGAGAUCCAACAGAUGCCUCGACUGCCCUCCCAACUUUAAGCAGUUGUGUAUGCUCAUGUUGAGGGCACAUGGUUGUUUGAAAGUCCUUGGUAAUGAAAGGCAGGGCACUGAGUCAGACUCUGAGCUACCCACCUCCUUGCUGUUGCUGAGAGCUGCUGCUUCUCUUCUGAAUUGGAGCUAAUUUUGGGUGGCUAAGGUUGCUAAUAACUUUCCCUUGCUAAUUGUGAUUUCACAGUGCUGUGGAUAGAAGGUUUUUUUUUUUUUCUCUCUCUCUCUUUUCCUUGCUGCUAGGUAGGGAAAUAGAUCAGUUUUCAUGAUUUUUGAUGUGUUCAGCUAUCAAGGAAUCCCCUAGUUGGUUUGUUUAGAGGUGGCUUGGUUUAUUGGAAAGAACUCUAGACUAAGAGCUGGAAGACCUGGGCUCUAGUCCCAGUUCCUCUAAGGAUUAGCCACGUAAGUGAUCUUGGGCAAGUCAUGAUCCCGUUUCUGCAUCUGUCCUGCGGACCUUGGGGAAUUAUUUGAACGGAAUGAGAUAUGAUGUAUGUGGAAGCGCUUUGUAAACUGUAAAGUUCUGUAAAAAUUGAAGCUGCUACCCUUUAUCUAGCCUUUUAACAGAGAAAUGCAUCUAGUGUAUUUUAAAUGCCUUCCUCCUGUGAAGCCGGCCUUCUCAAGAGCAGGACAUUUGAAUCAUCAGAACAAGAGGGGCAGUCUUGCCUCCGUAACCAUCUUUUGUUUUCUCACUGUCAUCCCCUUAUUCCCUCUACCUCCCCUCCCCCCACCCCCCCCCCAGUUGCUUUAGAAACUCUUUGAUCCUAGGCUCUUUUCCAUUCUUUAAUAUGAUUACAGCUCCAGGAGUUAGUGAUCAUAGUGUGCGGAACAUUCCAAUAGACGGUUCCUGGCUUUUUGUGGCUGGGAACUCUUAAUUAAUGAUGUGGUAACUAACAAAGCAUACCUAUUAACUUUUAAACACGUACAAGAACUUUCUGCAGCCUAGUAAAACACGUUGACCACUGUUGUGGGCAAUGUUGAGACCAUGCUUUGGCUUUAGGCUCAUCUGCAUCCUGGGCAAGACUCUUUGCUGGGACUGUGGACAGAGUAUUUAACUUUUUGGGCCUCAGUUUCUGUGUCUUUUUAAGGAGAUUACAGUGGCACUUAUUUUAUAAGACAGUUUUGAGAAUUAAGUGCGAUAAUGAAUAUAAAGUGCUUAGCACAUUGCCUGGAGCCCUGCUAGCGCUGUGGUUAAGAGCUGGGCAGCUCACCAAAAGGUCAGCAGCUUGAAUCCACCAGCUGCUCCUUGGAAACCCUAUAGGGCAGUUCUGCUCUGUCCUAUAGGGUUGCUAUGGGUUGGAAUCGACUUGACAACAGAUUUUGGUUGGGUUAGUGCAUUGCCUAACACGUGUAACAGAAAAUGUUACCUGUUGAUUGAUUGAUAUAUGUGUUUAAUAAUAACUGUUAUUAUGGCAUCCAAGAGAGUACAGAAAGAUUAUUCAUUGUUAGCGUUUUAAGGAGUUUUUAUUCUGAUUUUAAAUAAGCUGGUUUAAAUAUACCUCAUGUAAUUUACUAAUUCAAAGAACAUUUCUGACUUAGUCUCAUUUUCCUCUACAGAAAUAGGAAAUUAAACUAAAUCAGAUCAGCAUUCCUUCCUCCCUUCUCUUUCUUGCCCAGGGGUGUGGUGUUGGUUUGAGUGACUUGCUCAGCUCCGCGCUUUGGGAAUAACGUUCAGGCGGUUUCUCGGCUAGCUUCAGAUUGUGUGGUAUUGGAAUUUGAGAUUACACUGGAAUUGGAUGGGCUCUUGCUGCUUCUGAACAUACUUGCUGGCACCCCUUUUAUGUUGGUGCUGACAACAGAUUGAUAAACAGGCUAAUUCAGACAGGAAAAAAAUACAAAAGAAACCUAUUAACAGAUUUGCAGGGCAUAAUUAAGGGUAUAGUCACAGCAUUUGAGAGGACAUAACUGAAGUUCAUAGAGAAUAUGAGAAUGAGACCAUUUGUGAUUUCCACUUCAUGGUCAAGAAUAUUACAAUAGAGUAACACUCUUUACUGCUCUCUAGGGAUUUACUGAUUUCCAGUGUUCUCUGAUGAUACAACCAGUAGUAAAACAAGUGGAACCAGAUUCUUUUACCUCUCCCUUUGUGUUAGUUGGCAUUGACAUUGACAGGUGGGUAGACGGCAGUUUGCAAGACUGACUGAGGAGGCAUGGCUCCCUUGAUGCCACUCUAUGGGGAGGUGAGCACUAUAUGCUGCUCUUCACACAGGGGCUUGGUGUUUCCUUUCUGUAAUUCUAAAACUUCCCCUGCAUCUGAGAAUGAUAGCUUUUUGGCUUUUGUGGGGCUUCUGGUAGAUGGUUCCUUACAAGAACUGACACUGGAUCUGAAGAGGUGAUUUGGAAUGAAAUUUUCAAGGCGGAGAGAGCAUUUAGCCUCAGCUUGUUAAUCAGUGCAUUCCUGUCCUCCCCAGAUCUGAACGUUUCCUGACUGGAAGGACUAGUAUGAAUUUGGAGGUCCUGACCUCUGCUUGAUUUAGUACCUCUGUUACCAUUCUUGGAGUCCCUGGGUGGUACAAACAGUUGAUGCACUCAGCAGCUAACUAAGAGGAUGGAGGUUUGAGUUCACCCAGAGGCACCUUGGAAGAAAGGCCUGUCAGUCUGCUUCUGGAAAAUCAGCCAUUGAAAACCGUAUGGAGCACAGUUCUACUCUGACACAAUGGGGUUGUCAUGAGUCACAGUCGACUCAACAGCAUCUGGUUUGUUUUUUACUGUUUUGGGGUCCAUGGAGUGGGGUUUGUCUCCGAAAGCAAAUACUACUGUCGAUAUAAACAGAAAUUUCUUUAUUUAACAGUCUUCAUUUUUAGCCAGUCCUGUUACAUCUUUGGCUUCUGGACUAUAGGAAAAUUGUUUCGUUUAAUUCAUACCUCUCCUCUGGGAUGUGUUCUCCGUCUGAUGUUGGCAGAUCCUGGCCCCACUUUCUGCUCACUGCAGAGGGGCAGGCUUGACUCAUGAGCUAGACUUUCCAGGGGAAGUUGUCCGGCCACUCCAAGUACUCACUUAGCUCCUUGCCUAGUACCUUAGCACACUGCCUGAAUUGGUAGACAUGCUGAACAACCGAGGUGGAGUGAAUGGGUAAGACAGCAUGCUCGCAACUGUGAUUUAGUUCUCUGUGGAUCCAACUCCAAGUUUUUCAAAAAACCUAUAUUUUUCUUACUCUUUUCUGCCGUUGCCACCUUGUCUUUUGGAAGUGUAACCUGAAGCAAAUUGUGGGCCAGUGGAAGUAGGCAUCAACUUCAGUUCCUGGGCAGUGCCUGGCAGUGGUUGCUGAGGCCUGGCCUUGACCUUAGAGCUUAGCUCAUCAGUCUACAUUUCUCGUCCUUUUUAAGCUGGCUUCUAGCAGUCAGGCAACGAAACUAUGUGGAGAAAUCCUGUCAAGUACUGUGGUUAUUUCUGAGACUGGCUUUUCAGGAGAUUUUUCUGUUUGUAUGGAUUUAUGGGAUUAUGAAGGACAUAGUACCUUCAUUCACUGGCAAUGAGUCGUUGCUGUUACUGUUGAUUCCACUCCUGAGCUGCCCCCCAAGCACAGACUCUCCUGUCCUCCUGUGCCUGAGGGUCACUGACAACUGGGUGUGGGGAAAAUCUAAUCUGAACCCAGGGUAGACUCCUGCAUGAAAGAAAAAUUUGCUGUCCUUUCAGUUGAAAUUUCAACUCUGAAUCCCAAGGGAAGGUGCCAGUAGGUCAGUUAACAUUCCUUGUUGAGGCUCACAAAGAAAUGACAUCUUCUCUACCAAGUGUCCCCCCAUCCCAAGAGAGAUCCUGACUUGACAUACAAACCUACUGCCGCUUCUGGUUAUCUUUCAUCACUUGGCUGAGUUUAGAAAGGUAACGGUGUGUGCUCUGAGAAAAGAGGCCUUUCUCGGAGACUUGAGGCGUUCUUAUUCCUACCAGCUGGGCCCAUUGCUAAUAUGCUUUCCAGUGGGCUUGCUUCUGCCUGGCCAGCACCUGGGCUGCCCCAGCUUGUAAUUAGCCUGCCUUUGCUUCAUAAGCUUCCCAGGGUGGUUCUUCUAAAAGCUUGUAUGAAUUGCUAUUACUGUCUCUUUAUAGUUUAAAAAUGAAUCCUUUUUUGUUCUUUGCAACUCAUUUGCUUUUUUCUUUUCUUUAAAUUUUUAUUAACACCUGUUGAUUCUUUUUUUUUUUCGGAUUGGCCUGUCACUGCUUUCCUGCUCCCCCUCCCUCUAGCUGGGUUUGUCAAGUCGCCCAUGUCAGAAACUAAGCUCACGGGGGACGCCUUUGAGCUGUACUGUGACGUGGUCGGGAGUCCCACGCCAGAGAUCCAGUGGUGGUACGCAGAAGUCAACCGGGCAGAGUCUUUCAGACAGCUGUGGGACGGUGCUCGGAAGCGCCGUGUCACCGUAAACACCGCCUACGGGUCAAACGGCGUGAGUGUGCUGAGAAUAACCCGGCUCACCUUGGAGGACUCUGGGACUUACGAGUGCAGGGCCAGCAACGACCCCAAGAGGAAUGACUUGAGGCAAAACCCCUCCAUAACAUGGAUUCGAGCCCAGGCCACCAUAAGCGUCCUUCAGACGGUGGCAUGUGCUUCUCUGAUCGCAGCCCUCCAUGCAGCAGCCCCUCCUUAGUGGUCCUGCCCCCUCAGUCUCCUGUCCUCGGAAAAGCAGCAGUCUGGAAGUUUCCAAGCAGCUUGCCACGAGGAGCCAGGUGACAUCUAGCUGUGAGGUAUUUUUUUUUAAGCCCCACCACUGCUGUUUCUGAGUCAGUUGCCUUUGAGUCCUGUUCACAGACAGUUGAGCUCCGAUGGCUGUUGGCACAGCACUCCACAGAAUUGUUUGGAAGCCACGCAUAGCGGCCUUUGUGGCAUGAAAAGAGGAGACUAAAUUCCAGCCUGACCCUGUGAGUGACAGGCUGAGCCGAGUUGGCUUAGAAUCCUCCAUUCAUUGAUCGUAGCAGGUACAAGUGAGAUCUCAGACAUGGCAGCUUGCGUUGUCACCUCUCUUCUGGAAAGUGACUCGUUACUUGUAUGGUGGAAAGGAGAGGGAGGGAGAAGCCACCAUAGAGCCAAUGCUUUCGGCCAGGGAAAUUUCUAGCCCCACAUCAGACCUGGUUAUAAUCGAGGGGAAGUUCUGUAUUUAAUGGAAAGGUCCUGCGGGUUUUUCACCUUCUCUUCAAGGACUCGGUGAGAGAUUCAUGACUAGUUCCAGCUUGAGGAACCAACUGAUUUAGAGGGAAUAAGCAAAAAUAGUAAAAAACGUUUAUGAGGAACUUGCUAAUAACACAGGAGGUAAUACGACUUUGAAUCUGUGUUCUUACAUGGGAAGUAAGACAUUAGUAUCUUUUCCUUAUAGCAACGGAGAAGAUCCCUCUAUGGAAAAAAAGAGGCUUCAGAGGAGAGGAGAGGCUGCUGCAGUUGGCACUGUUGAAUCAGAGAAACUGCUUCUGGAAAGGGGAAAAAGAAAAUUUUGUCUAUGUGAAAAUAGGGAACAUUAACCCAGCGAUUUUUUUUUUUUUUUAAACAAUUUUUUCCCUUGCACGCCUCCUUUUCCUGCCCCCUUGCUCCUUUGCUUAUAAAACAGAAUUACCAAAUGGCCACAAACGUCUGCAAAAGUUUACAGGCAUGGACUGGGCUGGGUGUUUGGUUACUUGUACUUUCAGCAGCCUGACUCAAGUAGACAAAUAGCUAGGAAGGUCAUGCCUGAGGACUUGAAAAAAGAUGAGUCUCCACCUAGCCCGGAGUGUACCUAGCAUUCCCCUGGUUACUUGGAAGCAGGCUUCCUAACUUAGGGGUAUUUGCAUGUUGUUGAAUCAAACCCUGCGUAGUUCAGUCUCUUAGGUAGACUUUCUUAUCAGUCACAGUCACUUAACCCUACUUAAACGUUUUGGGAAGCCAGGCUGCUGCUGCUACUUUUUUUUUUUUUUCCAUUUUAUCUGAAUUGAACUCUAAUUGUGUUGUUUUAUGAUCUCAGCAUCCCCAAGGGCAUUUGCUUCCAGGGGGAGAUUGAAGCCUUCCAUCUAAGACUGGCCUGCUGGCAGUACAGCUCCUUGAGCAAUGCAAGGCAAGAAUAUAAAUGUGCCCAGUUUCUGGGAUAGCUCUCUGGCCAUAGCACGUUCCACCACACUCGCAUGAUGGCAAGCUUAAGGGUCUUCUACACCCUGCUUCUAAACAGAGUCAAUUGCAUUAAAAAAAAAAAAAAAAUUUGAGUUUCUCCUAAAUGUUCGUCACUCUUGGACUUUCACUGGCCACAGGAAAAAAAAAGCCUCACCUUCAUCCUGGUGCAGAACACAAAUGUGGCACUGUGGCCAAGGAGCUCGGUCCAGGUCUGCCUUCCAUAUACAGCAAUUACAGGAGGCAGGUGACCCCACCCCACAGCCCUCCUAUGGUGCAGAAUCAUGUUAAAGCCUAUUUAAAUUAUCCUACUUGCUCCCAGCUGACACGCUCCUGAAUCGUUAACACUGAAAGGAAAAAGUGCUUUCCUUUGCCUUCCUAGAAUUCUUGGCAGAAAGUCUACCAGGUUGCUUUCAUCAGCUUCUUCAUCUCCCUAAUCUGCAGUGGUCAUUUGCAUCGCCACAGGUAAGAGUAGCAUUUACUUUGGCCUCCUUGUAUUUAGACAUUUGGAAGCUCAUGGCCUCAUUCUUCGAGUUCGCCCUUUCUCAGUGCAGUCUGAGAGGAAGAACCAGAAGGAGAGUCCCAAGUGGGACAGGAAAUGAAAUUGGAUAAUAAAAAUUUAGUAAAAAUCUAAAAGUGUGUUUGGGUUUUAAUGUUGCCUUUAUAUAUUUUUAAUUUCUGUGGAGUACUGGUUCUAUCUUUUUCUCUCUUUUGUUUUUGCUUGGUUUUUGAUUUUUCUUGGAAUUGUGAUGCUUUCUGCUGAUGGUAUGUGUGCGCCUUCCAUUGCAGGGUUUGCGGCCGUUCUGCUCGACUUAAGGCCCAGGGAUUUGGCUUCUGUCCAGUGUGUUUUGGAAACCGUGGGAUACCACAGCGCUAACGUGUUCACAUGCAUCUGCUUCUGUCUCAGUGGCUGCUAUGCCUCCAUUAUUUGUACAUAGAGACCCUGUUUGGUGUUACCAGUAAGGACCGGUGCUGAAUGGAAGAGAACUACUAUCUUUUUGCCAGUGUUGGGAAAUAGAGCUGAUUCAUUAUUGAAGCAAAUUUGAGGAUUUGCAUUAUUUAUCACAGGUUUCUUUGAAGAUACGGGCUCUACAAUCAGAAAUGCUAUGUGGAUUAGGAGGUCCUUGGGCAUUACAUUUUUCAAGUAUCCCAUGACUUCCCCAUCUUCUCUCCCUCCCUGUAAAAUGAGCAAAACUUAGUUGCAGUGGAGGGAGAGAGUUCUGUCCUCAGGACAGCACUACACUGCAUAAAACAGCCUCAGGUAACUGCUAUGAAUUGUAGACAGGAAGUAGCCUGGUACAGGGAAAUGGGAAGCUGGUCAAGCAUUUCUGAGAAAGAACUGGAAAUAAGUAAAUAAAAAUAAAACGAACUGAUACUUCUGAUUUGGAUGGGAAAAGAUGUUAGUCUAGACCUCACCUGGUAAUGUUUGACCAAAGGAGGGAGAGAACUAAGCCUGGGAAGAGAUUAAAAGACAGAUAACAAACUUAGAAACAUCUUGGCUUUAAUACUGGUGAUGGAUUUCAGAGUGCUUUAAAGAUGAACCUUCUAGGAAUGAUACAGUGUGACUUAAAGAUUUCUGCUGAAUGUGAUAUUUGACUCAAAUCGUUAUUUUUGUAGAUACUGAACUAGGGAUCCCAGGUUAUCUAGCCCAGGACAGACCAAGGAGGCCAACUAUGCACCUUGCACUAGGGUGGGAGGUAGGGGGUAUUUUGGGGUGGGGGGCAGGAAUAGAAAAGUCAAUCAGAUGUCUUUUCUAGGCUCAGCUUUGCCACUAAUAAUUGCGGCCUUGAGCAAGGCAUUUCGCCUUUCUAGCUCUGAAAGGGUGGGAUUCAGUUAACUCCAAGGGCCUUUUAGCUCAAAUUCUAGGAGCCCAUAAUACUAACACAUAUUGCACUCUGGUUAUGAUUAUAUUACCUUGGAAUGGAACACGUUUUCAAGUGCAAUUCUGAAAAAAUUUUGUUGGGAAUAUAAAUGGGCUGGAGAGAAGAAUCGAUAUAGUUCCUUAAGAAUUCUGCCAAUGCAAUAGACUUCCAGUGGGAAAUUUGCUUCUAGGACCUACACCGUCUUUUUCUGCAUAAAUAUUGGCCAUGGCUGGUUUGCCAUAGAAGGUUUAUCAGAUUUAAAUGUGGGAAGAGCCAUACAUGUAUUAUGUAAUUAUACCUCUUACUGUUCCAAGGCCUAGUGACUCCAUAGGGAGUUUAUGACUUAUAUAAACGAUAAUUGCCUUUGUCUUCAAAACUGCAGGCUGGAGCCUGGUUUUUCUAAAUUGAAGCUGAAUCGGUUGGUGGUUCCUAUAUUAUAAAAAGGUGGUAUUCAAAAGUGUAAGUGAAUUGUUGCCAGUACAAGUACCCGUAAUGCUCCCAUUCUUUCACGUCUAGGCCAACUGGUCUUCAGGCUGUUGUCUGCGCUAGUGGUCAUUUGCUUAUAAUCAUUGUUUUUCCUUUCUUGACUUCCUCCAAAGUGGUAAAGUGAAAUUCCUCAUGUGGUCCUGUCUGCCCUCCCUCUUCUUUUAGUCUCCCCUUCCUACCCCAACCAACUCUCAGGCCAGGGCUGCAGAGGAUAGAAGGUUAUGGCCCUCUGUCAUUGUUCACUCUUA